CUCCCCCUCCCCUCUCAUUUCUCCUUUCAUUGCCGAUUUCUGUUCGGCGCCUGUGUGGUUCUUCCCCCCUCACCUCCUUCCGUGUCCUGUUUGUGCAGGCGGUGUGUUGUGGUAGUCCCUCAUCCUCGCGGCUUUCCGCCGUGCGAAGUUCCACGACGCCUGCCCUGACUCCCGAGUCAAUCAAUGGCUUCCACUUUGAACUCUGCGCCGGCUGCGAACAGCUCAUCCGGCAAUGCCAACUCUACACAGAACUCCGGCCGGCCCUCUCUGAGAUCCAGCGCCAGCACCAAGGGGGACGGUCGCCGACAGUCUGGCAGCCCUGGUGAUGGUGGUCAGCGGCGCACAAACUCCCAGAAAGCUUGGACCCAAGGCACCAACCCCAUCACUCAACGCUCCUCAUAUUCGACGAACGGAAACAUGGCUCGACAGUCGGGCUCUCCCCAGCCAGGCCAGAAGGAGUCGAACACCCCCGAUAACCACGCGCAUGAUCGUUUACUGUUCUUAUUUGCCAGUUUCAUUGGCCUGCAUACAACCAUUACUACGAAAGGCGGAGACAAAUAUACCGGAAUUUUCUCGUCUUCGACCUUGGAAGCGAGCGAUUCAUCAUUUCUUCUCAAGAUGGUGCAGCGCGCAUCGCAGGAGAACCAGUCUAAAACCAAUGGCGUGAGCGAUGCCUCAACCCCAUACCUGGGAUCUGGACCGGAGCAUAGCAUGGCCUUUGAUAUCAAGGAUGUGGCCGAUAUUGCCGUGCCAAACGUCUCACCGGCUGAGGUGUCCGCCAAGGAAUCCAAUGGCGCGAGUGGAUUCAGAACGGACAGUGACAUUUCUGGAAACUUGGCAAUGCGGGAGCGCACCCUCAAGCGCUGGGAGCCUGCUGCGGACGAGAUUAAUAUGUCACUGGAGGGCUCUGCUGGUGAUACAGCGAGCUGGGACCAAUUCGAGGCCAAUGAACGUCUCUUUGGGGCAAGGACAAACUAUGACGAGAAUAUUUAUACUACUCGCAUUGACCGCUCAGACCCCACCUACCGUCAGAAGCAUGCGGAGGCGGCUCGCAUCGCGCGUGAGAUCGAAGGCCAGGAGCACGAAAACCCCCACAUGCGGGAAGAGAGAGGCUUGGUGGCCCCUGACUCUGGUGACCAAGACGAAGAAUCUAAGUACAGCGGUGUCCAGCGGGAGGCCCAACCUUUCCAACCCCUCGUUUCUGGUCAACCCAACAAAUAUACCCCUCCCGGGCGUCGGCAAGCCGGACCUCAGCCUGUUGCCUCCACGAAGCAACCCUCGGCCCCUGUGUCUCAGGCUCCAGCUAAAGAGAUCGCCCCGGCUGAAAAGCAACAGCCGAUUGCUGCGACCAAGUCCGGUGGGGAGACAGAACAAAAGACCGACCUCAGCAAGGCCGCGCCUACUGCUCCCACCACAAAGCAGCGUCCUGUGCCCGAGAAUGCCACUGCAAACGUGGAGACCGAGGUCCUGGAUCAGUUCCGUCAGUUCGCCAACAGCGAGAAGCUGAAAAUGCAAGAACGCCGUCGCAACCAAGCAUCGCAUGAUCGCACUGUCAAGUUGAACGAGUUGAUGAAGUUCUCAAAGAAUUUCAAGCUGUCGACCCCCGUGCCCAAGGAUCUGGUCCCCAUCCUGGCCAAGGAUCCCCACAAGCAAGAAGCUAUCAUCGGCCGGCUUCAGUCGCCAGAUGAGAAGGCCAGUCCGAAGUCUGCUUCGCCGGUGGCUGAUCAGAAGCCUUCGGCUCGUGCCGCCGGACCUACUGGUGCAGUGCCGCCAGUUGCACCCUCUGACCGCCAGAAUUUCACCCGUGGUCGUCAAGGUUAUCUCCCCACUGGUCCGCUUGCCGGUUCGGGUGGUCGCUUCCCCCAGCAGCCCAUGCAACAGGGUCGUCCUAGUCCUGGUAUGCUCAGCCAUCGCCUCCAGGACAACCUCCAGCAACGAAAGGGUGCCAACAUGGGUUCUAUCCCUGCCCCGCUACCCAUUCAAGAUGCUCGGGUGCCUCCCACUGGCCCUGCCAGUGAUCAGCCCCGGAUCACCAGUCCUGUGAAGGCCCAGAACCCGCCAUCCGCUGCAUCAAAGUUCAAUGUCCGCGCCAUGGAGUUCAAGCCCAACCCCGCGGCGAGCACUUUCACUCCUGGUGGUCCUUCCGGGGCCUCUGGUAUUUCCGGUGCCUCUGGUACCAUUAGUACUACUUCUGCUUCCGGGGCGGCGGCUGCUGCUUCUAGUGCCAGCCCGCGGUCUUUUUCGCGGAACACCUCUGUUUCGCGUGCGACUACGCCUUCCGCAUUCUUUGGCUCCAAGAAGCCCCAGCCCAUCUCCGAGAGACCUUCCAUCGACGACCAGUUCAACCCCAUCAAGCGCAUGAAGAAGGAGAGCGCCGAGGCGGCCGAGAAGGCCGACAAGCCUUACGUGUCAUUCAAUGGAGGCAUUCCCCCUCCUUACAAGACUCUGCCAACUUGGGAUGUGCCAGAAGCCAACCAAGAGAAGACCUUUGACCAGAUGAUCAAGCAACCGAGCGCUGUGUCAUCGGUCUCUCCGCAGGGCCGGUCCGCUUCAAACAACCCCCAUCUUCCCCAGCAACAGAUACCCUACCCAUUCCAGCAGGGCAAUCCAGGCAUGCCGACUUCCUCGGGUCCUCCUAAUGGACCUCACAUGCACCAAGGCUCUCAUGGGCCCAAUCCGGGUCAUAUGGACGACCAUCACCGUAUGCAGCUGUCGGCAUCGUCGUCUCAGGUUUUCCCUUCACCCCGCAUGGGACAGAGCCACAUGGGGUAUCCUUCUCCUAUGGCCCCUCAUGCACAGCUGGCAUUUGGGCAGCCCAUGCCCCAGUUCUACGGAGGGCCGCAGCCUGCCCACAUGAGACAGUAUCAAGGUGGCCCUCAGUUCAUGAAUCCGCAAGCUGCUAUGGGAGCCCCUAUGAUGAUGCAGCAGGCUUCCAACGGUCCUUAUAUGGGUGUGCCCCAGGGCAUGUCUCCCUACACCCCGCAGAUGCAGAUGUACUCGCCUUCGCCGGCCCACGCCUAUCCUCAACAUGCACCCCCUCCUCAGCCGCAUAGUGGCUACCCCAGUCCCAGUCGUGGUGCACCCAUGAUGAUGCAUCAGAACUCGCAGUCGGGCCAGCCUCCACAGCCGAUGAUGUUCAUGCCUGGACAGCCUGGAUAUGGAAAUCAGCAACCCGGACACAUGCCUCCCGGCCGUGGUGGCUACCCCCAGCAGCCUCAUUUCUCCUCGAGCCCGCACCAGGGUCACCAUUUCCCUCCUAAUCAGCACCGCACGCCAAGUAACAGCUACAACCAGGUACCCCAAAUGCCUCCUCAGGGUCCGUCUGGCACCCAGGCAAACGCAGGGUCCUCCUCGCAUUCCGCUGAGCCCACUGAUGAGGGCAAAUGAACUGCAUGACUUACGAUCGAUUGAGUGACUGUCCUGGUUUCAGUGACUUGAACUCAACUUUGCGCACCGUCGACAAUGGCCAUUUAUCAAACCCCCUUGGGGUUCGACUGUAUCUCCGUCUUCAUCCCUCCUGCUAGCUUUGGUACCUAUCGUGUACCAUCUGAUGAAGAACAUGUUGAUACGAGACUUGAAAGAUUCGAUGAGCGGACAUAAUUAUCAUGUCUAUU